AUGGUCCAUCCGGUAGGCAUUAUCAUCACUGUCACUGUACUAGUGGCAGCAAGCCUCGCAGCCUACGAAAACCCCCAAGUGCGGGCAUGGAUUGAUCGCACGAGACACAAGGUUGCCAUGGGACUACAUUCCCUCGGCGAUGGAGUUCAUCCAAAUCCACGGCCACGACCACAACGGCGGUCCACAGAUGUGUCUAUGCAUGAAGAGAAAGGCGAGAUGGCAGAGGCACGCAGACAGCGUGCGGUGGCCGAGAUCAUGGAAAGGGGCCGUCUUCUUGAGGAACGACGAAAGAGGAGGAGGUCAGCAUCAGGAGAUGCGAGCCCUCAGUCUCCAAGUUUUGACACUCUGGUCGAUAACGACGGCCGUCUGCGAGAAAAGCCUCUACAGGACUCCAGAGGCCAGGCGGCUACGUCAGCCAUCGAAACGAUGGGGCAUAAGACAAGCAUGCGGUCCAGAUACGGAGCUCAAACCUCAAGACGCCAGUCAGAACCUGGCCCCACAGAGACACAGCAACCAGCCGAUGCCUCCAUUUCUGUGACGCCACUGAUCACGACUGGCGGUUGUCGACACGAACCGCACGAACAGCACCAACCCUUUGAAUCCAGAUACGAGCAAGAGAUGCGCGAGGCUUGGAACAUCCCUCUCUCCGACAGGAGCAUCGAAAUUCCCUCUAGUCAUGCUUCUGAGAGCCUCAUUGCACUUACACCGACAACCGACGCUCCCGAUCCCGAUUUUUCUGUUCCCUCCGCAGAGUUUCUCCGCCAACCAGUGGAGAGAUCGGAUUAUUUUUCGGCUGCUAUGGCGAACUCGACACGCACAUUAUCCGAAGGUGGCUCAUUGUUUCAUGAAUCUAAUCAUUCCUUGCAAGAUAACCAUUUGAGUCGCCCUCUCCAAGGUUUGGCGAAUGAGUCUACACCACAUACCCCUAGCCUCUCUGGAAGUAUAAGUGAUAUACACGCAAGUGAUGCGGGAGACACAUCGGACGAUAUGCUAAGCGAAGACGUUGACGGCAUUCGCACUCCUGGAAGUGUCUGGACUGAAGUGGACAGCGCGAUCAGUGGUGACCUGUGA